AUAUUAUAGGAAUCAUAGAAACAAAUAUAUCAGAAAGAGAAGGUCAAUUUAUUCUUAUAUCCGAGAGCCCAUUCAAAGGUUUUUGGUUAAGCUCAUGCCUUAACAAAAAGAAAGGAUCAGGAGUAGAA